AUGAGUGUUUAAAGACUGCCUCUCGAAAAAUAGGCUACUCCACGUCAUUAUAGUUCUAAACCUAUUCAAUAGGUAUCUACUACUGCCAGAACCAUUACUAAACCUCCCAUACUUUAAUAAGAUAUCAAUCCUGACUUAACUAUACUUUCAUUCAUGAAAUCUUUAGAUUCUAAACAAGCAGCCAUUCUCAAUAGAUCAAUUAGAGAUGGAGAGAAACUACAUGUAACAAUUCUCUCAUAUAUCUCCUAGAAACCUCUCAUCAAACCUAGAACUUACAUCCCUCAACAAAAAACAAUUCCAACAUCUAACGUAGAGAGAUAAAUUUUAAAUAAUCUAGAAACAAGGUAAUCUUUUUUCAUACUAACAAGAACCUUAUAGAAUACAAAAGCUUCCACUCUAUGAAUAAGAAUUGGUACUUCAAAUUCUUGCAUCAAUUGAAAAUGGAUAACCUAAACAUGAAGAACUGAUCUCCUUCUUUCAAAGUAAAAGAAUACAUCUUAAAAUACAUUCCAAUUAUGGCAAUCAAACUCAAGUUGGUUUAACUAGUAUUGAAUUGUUUAACAAUAACAGAAAAUAUGUCAAAAUCAAUUGCAUUUAUUCUGAUGAUGAUUCUCAUUAUACUAUUAACAAUCUCAUCAAUGGACACAAUCUUACCAUCUCACCUGAAUAAAUGUGGAUUACUAAUUUUAAAUCAUUCCCUAUUACUAUCACUGUUUGUUAUCUACUUCAAGAUGAAUCAGAAUUUCUUACAUCUCUCAAAAUCUGGAAUUUUAAUAAAAAUAGAAAAGAAUUAGAUAAAUGUGUUUGUGAAUUAGAAAUCUUAUAGAAUGAAUAAGUUUUAUGGUCAGGUUAAAUUGCAAGAGGAGUUGCAAAUACAUUCUCUGAAUAUGCUUAAACUAUUCAAUUACAAUAAUAUCAUCCUCAACCUAUUAUUAAUCAUACCAAUGAAACUCGUAUCAAAAAUUAAAAUGAUUCUACAUAACCAUUUAAUCAAUCCUCAUAAUCUAUUAAUUCCAAAAAAUCUGAUGAAAAUAAAGAGUAAAAGUAUUCUCUCUAUCUAGAAUUAAUUUAUCCAAGGCCUCAAGUCAAUAAAAACAUGCUAAACCUAAAUUAAUUUUUGAUCCUUUUGAAAAUGAUAAGAAAUUUAAAAAAAUUGAAUAGAAGUAAGAACCAUCAUCCGUUAAAACCAAAUAAACUAUUCAUCAAUAAAGAUUCUUCAAAAAAUCAAUUAAUUUAUUCUCUUAAAAAUAAGUAACUGAAGAAGAUUCAACUAGUCCACCUCUUAAUUUUAAAAGAGGAGUUGCUCAUAUUGCUGCAGGAACUACAUCAUCUACAAGAACUAAGAAUAUUUCUAUUCCAGAGUGUCCUUUUGGAUCCAAAUUAAUAAUCAAAUUAUUAAAAAAUUGGGGAGACCUCUAUUCUAUUGGAUUAACUGGAAUCGAAAUAUUUGAUUUUAAAGGAAAUAAAGUUAAAGUUAAUUUUGUUUCUGGCUUUUUUAAAAAUUCUGCUGUCUUAUUUGAUGAUAAUUAUUUAACUUAAGAUGAUAAAAAUAUGUGUAUUGAAAGAAUUGAUAAAAAUAUGGAAAUAACAAUUAAAUUCAAUGAAACUAAAUUAUCAAUGAUUAGAAUUUGGAAUUACAAUAAAGGUAGAACAUAUAGAGCUAAAUGUGUUCGUAAUAUUGAAAUAAUCUUAGAUACAGAUUCAAUAUUCAGUGGAGAAAUCAAAUAAGCUAAUGGUACAUGUGGAAUAGAUAAUGCUGAAUAUAUAAUGUUUACUAAUAAUACUGAAAUUAUGGAAAAAAUCUAAGAAUAAGAUUGGCUAAAUAAAUUACAUGAAAGUUAGAUACAAUAAUAAAAGCAUAUUUUAGAAAACACUGUUAAAUUGAGUAGACCAGAUACAGCAACAUUUAAUAAACCUAAAGGAGAAAUAACAGCUCAGAAAUUCACAAAUAAUAAUAAUCUAAAUUCCUAAUUGAAUAAAGAGUUUUAACAUUAAAAAUCAGAUUCAAUUCCUUAAAUAAUUAAAUAGGAGUCUGAAUAGAAAUUACAAUAGCAUUCAAAAAGAUUAUUUUCUUCUCAAAAUUAAAUAAAUGUUAAGACUCUAGCAACAGUUACUGUAAAAGUAUUAACGUUGUAUAUAAUAAGAAAUUGGGGUGAUAAAUUUGUUGGAUUAGAUAAGAUUGAUAUACAUGAUAAAUUUGGAUAAUCAAUGAAAAUAAAGAAAUAUAAAGUUAUAACAUCUUAAUCUGAGACAGUAGUAAAUAGUGAUGAAAGAUGGUAAUUAAAUAAUGGAAAGAUAAAGAUCUAAUUUGUAUUUAUAUAACCAACUCAAAUAAGUAGGGUUGCAAUUUGGAAUUAUAACAAAGAAGAUGAAUUAGAGAAAGGAGUAUAGAUGAUUAAUAUAAAGGGAGAUAAUUAAAUUUUGAAUACUUAGUAAGGUAUCUAUUUGAGGAAAGGUCAUGGAUUGAGUGAUGUUAAUGAACCCCAAUUAAUUGAAUUACCUUAUUAAAAGAGAAUUGAUACAGUGAUAGUGAAUAAUUAAUUUGAAAAAAAUAAAUAUUAAGAUUAUGAAACUACUUAAUUACCAUAAGGAACAAAGAUUGUUAUAAAAUUAUUAUCAACAUGGGGAGAUUUACAUUAUAUUGGAUUAAAUGGAAUUGAAAUAUUUGAUCCAAAAGGAGAAAAACUCUAUCCAAAAUUAUUAGCUAAACCAUUUUCAGUAAAAGAAUUACCUUAAAUGGAAAUGGAUGUAAGAACUCCUGAUAAAUUAUUAAAUAAUAUAAAUAUUACUUUGGAUGCUAAGUAAAUGUGGUUAUCACCUUUCGUUAAUUCAUAUACAGAUAGAUUAAAAACGAAUAUUAAUUCGAGUGUUUUUGAUCAAAUUAGUUACUAAGUCAAUAAAUUAAUUUUAUUAUUUGAUACUCCUUAGUAGAUAUCUGCCAUAUCCUUUUAUAAUUAUAGCAAGACACCAGUCAGAGGUGUUAAGGAAUGUGAAAUUUCAAUAGAUGAUAAUAUUAUGUAUUAAGUAAAUUAUUUUUCUAUAUUCUAAGGGUUAUUUGAAUUUAUCAACUUUGACUCAAACUGUUAGAGGAAUGAUGGGCAAUAAUAAAACAACUGUAUUAUUUACCAAAGAUGAAAGAUUGAUUGAUUAAAUUGGAACUGUUGAAAUUAGAGAAAGUAUCAUUGGAUCAGAAACACUCUUAAUCAAUGAAAAUUAGGUAAACUCUUUAUAUUAACAUCUUUAGAAAUUAAAAUAUAAUAGCAUCAAGAACAAAGAAGUCAGACUACAAUAAUAAGGAUUGUAUAAAGAAUUAGAUAGACCAACUACCACUUAAGUUUACUGA